AUGGAUGUCAAGCGACGGUUGCGCAAGGGGACGCACAGUUGCUGGGAGUGCAAGCGGCGGAAGAUGCGCUGUGUCUCCGAUCCCCGCAACGAGGCCCUGUGCGUUGGCUGUCUGCGCCGGGGCUCACGGUGUGUUCGCCAGGAAUUCCCAGAAGAGCUGGCGCAUUUCCAGAUGCGGAGCAGCGUGAACAAUAAUCAUAGCUAUAAUGCUCGAGAAACCCAUACACAUAUAUCCCAUCCAUUCUCCAGCGGCAUUUCCACGGCCUACCACCGAUCGGACCAUGUCGUAUCGACGACUGGCUUUGAGCCGUUGCGAGGGCAGCAAUCUUCUCACCCCAGGCACCCGAGCCUGUCACGCUUCUUACAUGCGUCGUUGCCUCCACGCGACGACAUUGAGAAGAUCUGCAAGGCUAGCCACCACCCGUCGGUUCUUGCCCACGAGGUCAUGACGCUGCCGUAUUCAACGCUCGACGAGAUCGGCCUGAAGACACCGGCCGUCCUGCUUGAUAUCCCGGAACCGGAUGCGCAUCCCGUGCUCAUCGCGCGCUAUAUGCUGCUGCUCGCCUCUUUCCUCCAGUAUCUUCACCCGACUUUGCACAAGGAUAUCAGCGGCCUGUCGGAAUUGCCGCGCGUUAUCAUGGAACGCCUGGUCGAUCGGGCUGUUGGUUCUGUGACAACAAAUGACAAGUUCCUCGGUAGCAUCGAGAGCCUUGAGUGUGUCAUGAUUGAGAGUGUGCUCCAGGCAAAUAUUGGCAACUUGCGUCGCAGUUGGCUCUCCGGACGACGUGCCAUGAGCAUCGCCCAGUUGAUGGGCCUGAACCGGCCGCAUAACCAAACCCAGUACACAAUCCUAAACCCGCGCACAUCAUAUCACCCGCAAUUGAUGUGGUUUCGUAUCGUCUUUCUUGACCGCUAUCUCUGUCUAAUUCUAGGCGUCUCGCAGGGCUGUUCUGACCACAGCAUGGCGUCCGAGGCGUUGCUUGCUAGCGACACUCCUAUGGGACGGCUCGAGCGCCUCCACUGCGUUAUCGCGUCACGCAUCCUCGAACGCAACGAACUGAACAUGAGCGCAGCGGAAGAAGUUGCCUUGACGCGGAAGCUAGAUGCAGAAUUGCAGAGCGCAGCACGGAGCCUGCCCAGUUCCUGGUGGCUGACCCCGCCCCUGGAUGUGGCAACAGUGGCAGACAAGCAGGAGCGCUUUUGGAAUACACGGCGCAUAUUCGCACAAGUGCUACACUAUAACCUCCUCAACCAGCUACAUCUCCCGUACAUGCUGUGCACGUCGUCAUCGUUGACGGGCGAUCGCCGGUCCGAGUACGCGCACAUCACCUGCGUCAACGCCUCCCGAGAGGUGCUCUCACGCUUCCUUACGCUGCGUAGCUCUACCGGCGCCGCCUAUAGUUGUCGCACGGUUGACUUUCUCGCCCUUAUGGCGGCUAUGACCUUGCUCCUAGCACACCUUAACAGCAAAGGCGGCGACAGCGAGAAUCUCCUCGCGCACCAAUAUCACAGCGAUCGUGCUAUGAUUGAGCAAGUGCAGAAGAAUAUGGAAGAGACGAAUCGUCUUAGUUCGGAUGCACUGAGCGAGCGAAGUGCCGCAUUAUUGCGCCAGCUGCUCUCCAUCGACGUGGAAACGGCCGACAGAGAUCGACAAGAUUUUAGGAGGGUCAGCGUGCAGGCAGCAGGGGCUGAGACGGCGGCCAUAGAUCUGGAUGAGAGCGUCGUUGUCAGCGUACAUAUUCCCUACUUUGGCGUCAUCAAGAUUGCCCGCGAAGGCAUCAACAAAGAGAUACCCAAGCCACCAGCGAAGACGGCUGUAGAGCCUGCGACGCGCCCGUCUCCGCAGACGCAGCCGAGCGAGACACCAGAUGAAGAGGUGUUGACACCAGUUGAUGCUAGCAACGACAUGUUUCCGACCAUGUCGGGUACCAAUGCACCCACCCAGCCGCAGCCAGGUAACACGCGAUCCAUCCCAGCUGGCGCGGACGAGGCUGCGCAAUUGGGGCAGCUACCUGAUUCUCUUUGGCCAUAUGAGGAUUAUUACCCUGGAUUGGCAGCUGGAGGAGAGCAGUGGGCCCUCCAGGGCGUCGACAUGGCUUUUUUCGAGAACCUAAUGAGAGGCUGGGCUCCGGAGACGAUGUGCCAGGUGGACUGGAGUGGAGUCAAGUAG